AUGAAGUCUCUUAUCGUUCAGGCGCACCCUCUCCGCUGCAAGAUUGUUGAUGUCCCCGUCCCUCAGCCAGGUCCGCAGGAGGUACUUAUCAAAGUCAUCUACUGCGCGAGCAACCCACGCGAUUGGAAGGCUCCUGAUCACUUGAUCCCAGGUGAGGAUAUCAACCAAGGGAAUGAAAUGUCCGGAGUGAUCGAAGCAGUUGGAAGUGACGUCUAUGAAUUUCGAAAGGGUGAUCGGGUCGCUGCAGCCCACCCGAUACAGACUGCAAAUGGGACCUACGCAGAAUAUGCUACGGCACCUGUUAAUACAUGUUUUUUGCUGCCGCCUAACAUAUCACUUGAAGGUUCGUAUUUCGUUGUUUUGAAUACGUCCAUGUUUCUGACAAAAGUUCCUUCAGAGGGUUGCACUAUCCCGUUCGCCUUGUGUACAGCAGCUCUAGGAUUCUAUCAGCGACUUAAAAUCCCGUUCCCAACCUCGCCAAAUAAUGCUGAAGUUCAAUCACCGCUAAUCAUCUACGGUGGAUCUUCGUCUAUUGGAGCUUAUUCAUUGAAACUAGCGAAGCUCGGCCGAUUCACCAAAAUCAUUGCCGUCUGUGGGAGUGGGAGAGAUUAUGUCGAGUCAAUUGGCGUAGUGACCCACUUCGUUGAUUAUCGAAAGGGGAACGUUGUCAAUGACCUGAAGACCGCCUUGGAUGGUGAGAAAUGCUUGCAUGCCGUUGAUGCCAUAAACAACGGUACCAGCUGGAACCAUCUCGUGGCAGUCUUAGAGCCUGAGGGCAGUCGGAUGUCAGUCUAUCUGCCCCGUCUGGAUUACACCUCCAUUCCAACCCAUAUCACCAUCGGGCCUACUUUCGUCGGCACGGUGCAUGGUCAGCCCACACCUUACUGGGAUCAGAAGUGCGAUGAGGACGUGGACUUUGCCUAUGCUUUGUUUCGACUUGUGAGCAAGUGGCUCGCUGAGGGCAAAAUCAGCGGCCACCCAUAUCAGUUGUUACCUUACGGUCUAGCAUCCGUUGAAAAUGGAUUGCAACAGUUGAAGGAUGGAAAUGUAUGCGCGAAGAAGCUGAUCUACAGAAUCGCGGAUACCCCAGGCCUUGACUAUGUCUAG